CCCUUUGGAAUCCCAGGGAAAAUCCCAGGGAAGACUGCACUGCACAAUUCCUGCUGAAAGAGAAAGAAGGCAGAGAGAAACCGGAUCCCUGGCACGUGAAUAGUUGGGCUUAGAUGUGCCUCUGGAAUUGAGUGCAGAAUUGCUCAGCAUGGCCGCUGAGGCAUGGUAAGUUUGAGCGGGGAAGUAUCAGCUUGGGGUGCAUUCUCCUGCCCUUAGUAAUUCUGGGUUCUAGAUAACUCCAGUAUUGAAUCAACCGCAACCCAUGAGAAGACAGAGCUAUGCAUUCCCAAAUAAGAAUAGGAUCCUUUGCUUCAUGGUUGCCUGUUAAUGCUGUUAACAGAGAAAUCUGAGGGCUCCUUUGGACAAAAAGGAGCCAGGAAUACUAGAGCAAAACAGCAGCCAGUAGGCUUGGUCUUUAUUGAAGACUGUCGUGAUAGGACUCCAACCUACCACCAGGUGGAACAAGAUGGAAGCCCCGAACAAAAGAGCCCCCAAACUUUUAUUAGCUGCUAAUCCCCAUGUUACCCCCCCCCCAAACUACAUCACGGUUACAUCAUGAAAGGGGAGGUCUGGUGGCAGUAAUCUGAGCAUCCUGGACCCUGCCCCAUGGUUCUCCUUGCCCUCCACCAAACACCCAUCAAGUGUAACAAAAAGGAUAUUUACAUUUCCCUGUUUCCCAGCCAAGUUAAUCCCACCCUUUUGUUUUCAUCUCGGUUUGUUAUUUCUGGAAUGGCUACCUGUCUGGCACUCAGGUAUCAGGAUGCCAGGGAUUAUCACUCAGGCAGAGGGGCUGCUGAGUAGCUGAGCUCACAUGUCUAUAUGAAUUUCUGAAGUUUUCCAGUGAGCCAGUACAUAGAUACAUUUAUCAGUGAAUUCUUACAUUUGGUAUCGUGCAGCAAAGGCCCUAUGAAUAGAUAGGAAGAAACUGUGAUGAAGUGUUUUGUGGGGACAAAUCACAAAAGUCACAAAAGCGAUUGUGCUGGUUUUGGUAGUGGGCUGCAUGUGCAUGAUAUCUGCUGGAGGGGGAAACCCCCCCCCAACCUAUACAUAAAUUCCUGCAACAAUGCUAAAGUGGGGAAAAUUGAGGUCAGUUGCAGAGUAUCACCAGUCAAUGGGAGAAGGGGCAUAACUACCAUCUCCUACCCUCUGAGUGUCCCUAUUUUCCAGGGUCAGCCCUGGAAUUACAGAAGCCAUCCCAGCUUCCAAUUUGAUCUCAGAAUGUCCCUAUUUCCCCCACCAGUGCCACUACCACCGAGCUCAGAGAGGAGGAUGAAUUGGCGCUUGUCUUAAAUGGUGACAGCAGCAGCUAUGAGGGAGCACCCUGUUGCCUCUCCACAGCCACCGUAGCUGGCCUCCUCCUUUGGGCAGCGGGUAGUGGUUGCUGGAGAGCAGGUGAAGAGGAAGAGAGGCUGCCACUGACAUGGCCCACCCUUGCCAGACGUGCCACCUCUGAGAUGCAGGGAGAGGGCAGGGCCACCGUAGGCAGAAAAAGGGGGGGAGAGGAGAGGAGCACAAGGAGUUUUGAAUAUAUUUUUUUAAAAAAAAGAAGCCAUAAAGAAGGCUGAUUGCCGAAGAAUUGAUGCUUUUGAAUUAUGGUGCUGGAGGAGACUCUUGAGAGUCCCAUGGACUGCAAGAAGAUCAGACCUCUCCAUUCUUAAGGAAAUCAGCCCUGAGUGCUCACUGGAAGGACAGAUUGUGAAGCUGAGGCUCCAAUACUUUGGCCACCUCAUGAGAAGAGAAGACUCCCUGGAAAAGACCCUGAUGUUGGGAAAGAUGGAGGGCACAAGGAGAAGGGGACGACAGAGGACAAGAUGGUUGGACAGUGUUCUCGAAGCUACCAGCAUGAGUUUGACCAACCUGCGGGAGGCAGCGGAAGACAGGAGUGCCUGGCGUGCUCUGGUCCAUGGGGUCACGAAGAGUCGGACAUGACUAAACAACUAAACAACAACAACAUUUUAAAAAAUGCUUUGUGCACCUGCGUCUAAUCUUGCCCCUUUCUAAAAUUCAUUUAAUAAUAAUAAUAAUAUUAAUAAUAAUUUUUAUUUAUACCCCACCCUUCCCAGCCAAGGCCAGGCUCAGGGCAGCUAACAAGCAAUAAUAAAAACAAGUUGAAUGAAUACAACUUAAAAACAAGAUUAAAAAACAACAUUAAAAUAUUGAAACAUUAAAAUAUUAAAAUGCAGCCUCAUCACAGGAGGAGAAAGGAAAAAGAAAGAGGGGGAGGGGGAGUGUGCAGUGUUCUUUUUUAAAAUCUACCAAAGACUAAAAUUAAAUUAAAUUGGGGCGUUUCUCAGGAUGGUGGAGUGCACGUGUGCUGCGUCCUGUGGGUGAAGUGGCGGCGGCCCUUCUUCUGAUAGGAAAUGCUCUGUGGGGAGGGGGGAUGGCGACAAAAAAUGGGGGGUCAAAUAGAGGGUCAGUUGCUGGAUGUAUGUGUGCGAAAAAUGUCCCUAUUUUCAUCUGAGGAAUGUUAGAGGGUAUGCAAUCUAUUUCUCCCCUGUAAAUGCUCUCCCGGAAUUAGCCAGACUGGGGGAGAAAUAGAUGAGUUGGGGGCAUUUGUUAGGACAAAUCAGUGGAUGAGUUUAAACAGUUACCGUAUUUUUUGCACCAUAACACUCACUUUUUUCCUCCUAGAAAGUAAGGGGAAAUGUCUGUGCGUGUUAUGGAGGAAAUGCCUACGGGUGGCAUGCCUACAGAUUUUCCUUCUCUAAAAACUACAUGCGUGUUAUGGUCGGGUGCGUGUUAUAGAGCGAAAAAUACGGUACUUCCCACUGUUUAUUGUAACAGGGAGAGCUGGAGGCAGGUUUGGGAGUCCCUGCUUUUCAAAGCAACGCUCUCCGUCCCUCCUGUCCUCUUCUUCUUUAAAGGUAAAGGUAAAAGGACCCCUGACCAUUAGGUCCAGUUGUGGCCGACUCUGGGGUUGUGGCGCUCAUCUCGCUUUAUUGGCCGAGGGAGCCGGCGUACAGCUUCCGGGUCAUGUGGCCAGCAUGACUAAGCCACUUCUGGCAAACCAGAGCAGCGCACGGAAACGCCGUUUACCUUCCUGCUGGAGUGGUACCUAUUUAUCUCCUUGCACUUGGUGCUUUCAAACUGCUAGGUUGGCAGGAGCAGGGACCGAGCAACGGGAGCUCACCCCGUUGCGGGGAUUUGAACCGCCAACCUUCUGAUCGGCAUGUCCUAGGCUCUGUGGUUUAACCCACAGCACCACCCGCGUCCCUCUUCUUAUUUACACACUUCCAAAUCUGUCUCCUGGUUUGUUGGGGGGGGGCAGCAUCAAAAUGUGUGGUUCGUUGUGAAAAGUACUGUGUGCUUUUGGUGGUGGUUUGCUUGUUUGCUGGCGACACACAAUUUCUUCCCUUGAAAUCUCCUACCUUGUAACUGCGGAGCUGCAUGGUCUUUGAUGGGUUAUUCUUCAUAUGGGACCGCCUCUCCUGGUAUGCCCCGCGGAGGACCUUAAGGUCCACAAAUGACAACACCUUGGAGGUCCCAAGUCCCAAGGGAGUUAGAUUGGUCUCAACUAGGGCCAGGGCCUUUUCAGUACUGGCCCCGACUUGGUGGAACGCUCUGUCACAAGAGACUAGGGCCCUGCAGGACUUGACAUCUUUCCGCAGGGCCUGCAAGACAGAGCUGUUCCGCCUGGCCUUUGGUUUGGACUCAGUCUGACCAUUAUGUUUCCCUCCCCUUAUGGUUUUGAUCUAUGGCCUACUAAUAAAAUGAGGCUGCAUUUUAAAUUAUAUUUUAACCUGUAUUUUAAUAUUUUUUUUUAUAAAUUGUAAUUUUACUGGUGUUAGCCGCCCUGAGCCUGGCUCUGGCUAGGGAGGGCGGGAAAUAAAUAAAUAAGUAAAUAAAUAAAUAAAUAAAUAAAUAAAUAUUAUUAGCGUCAUUCAUGACUAACCCAUGUUUGGGAGCGUUAUUUCUUCCUCCUUUGCCAGCCCUGCAAUGCUGCUCAUAAUAAUAUCAAGUUGAAAUGGCUCUCGUUGGUUUACAGAGCUUUGAAGAGGGUUCUGACUGGAGAAAACGAAAAAAUAGUACCAGGUUCCUCCGAACACUGUCAAUAAGAUUAGCGUCUCAUUAUCUUGACCUUUGCCUGUCUCUCAAUGGCACUUUGCAGAUGUUUAACUUCAAGGAAUGUUUUCUCCUGUCAGUAGAAGCAGAAAGAGAAAGAGAACCAGGAAUGGCUGUUUAUUGCAGAAAGGGGAAACAUGAAAACAGUCUGUUUCUUCAUAUAUACAUAAAAAGGCAAAGCUGUCAUUGUGCGGCCUCUCCCCCCCCCCCCAUUUGUAGAGCUGCAUCACAAUCCUGAUUUUGCAUGAAGUGAGGGGAGGGGAGGAAAAGAGAAGGCAGAUUGCACAACUGCAGUGAGGGGGGAGAUAAGCUGAGAGAAAAGCAGCGUUUUUCAACAACAGCAGAGGUUUGAGUAAAGCAGGGAUGGAGAGACACUGAGGGGGCGUGGAAGUUUGAAUACAGUGAGACGGGAGUUGGGAAAAGCCCUGUUAUGUCAGCAUUUUGGUCUUAGCUUAUGUGUUGUAUCCAUCUCUGCUGUUUCUCCUUGUUAAAUGAAAACAAAAACCCCUCAGUGUCCCUCAAUCCCUUGAAAUAAAAAAAAUUAAGGUCUUAUUUGUUGUUGUUUAGUCAUUUAGUCCGGCUCUUCGUGACCCCCUGGACCAGAGCACGCCAGGCACUCCUGUCUUCCACUGCCUCCCACAGUUUGGUCAAACUCAUGCUGGUAGCUUCAAGAACACUACCCAUCCAUCUUGUCCUCUGUCGUCCCCUUCUCCUUGUGCCCUCCAUCUUUCCCAACAUCAGGGUCUUUUCCAGGGAGUCUUCUCUUCUCAUGAGGUGGCCAAAGUAUUGGAGCCUCAGCUUCACAAUCUGUCCUUCCCGUGAGCGCUCAGGGCCGAUUUCCUUCAGAAUGGAGAGGUCUUGCUGUCCAUGGGACUCUCAAGAGUCUCCUCCAGCAGUGGCGUAGCGUGGGGGGUGCAGGGGGUGCCGGCCGUACCGGGCGCAACAUCUGGGGGGGGCGCGCUCGCACUCGCAGCUCUCUGCCCCUACCUGGCUCACUCUCUCUCUCUCACUGCAGUGCUGGCUGUGCGAAUCCGAUCCGAGCCGCUGGGUCGCCGCCCACUGUGGAGGGGGUGGGUGCCAGGCGUGCGGUGUGGAGAGAGAGCGAGGGACUAUCUGGGGGAGGGACAGUGCAGCGGCCGCCCAGCGCAGCGCUGAGCGCGGGAGAGAACCACACCAGACCAGCCCAGGCAGCAGCAAGAAGAAGCUGGCAGCGGCGGCAGGUUAGGGGUUAGGGGGCGCAAAUUACUUGCCUUGCACCGGGUGCUGACAACCCGCUGUCCUCCAGCACCAUAAUUCAAAGGCAUCAGUUUUUCGGUGAUCAGCCUUCUUUAUGGUCCAGCUCUCACUUCCAUACAUCACUACUGGGAAAAGCAUAGCUUUAACUAUACGGACCUUUAUACAUAUAAUAAAUGUACCAAAUGUACAUACGUAAAUAUAUAAACCACAUGUCUGAAGCAGCAUAGGAAAAACAGCCCUGUAACCAUUUUUUACUCACAAACUGACCAAAUGUUUGCUCUGCAAAAUCAAAUGGAAAAGCCUCCCCAUUGUCUUUUCCUUCACAAAUCCUGUCUUAAGGGUAUGUCUGUGUCUGAAUAGGGUGAGCCUGUGACCUGGCUCAGGAACUACGGUAAGUAUUUAUCAUUACAAAAGACUGGCCAGGCUCCCCAGGGUAUCCAAUCAAGUAAGCAUUAACAGGUAACUUGCCAGACAGGAGGUAAACAACCCACUAAGAUUAUGAGGUAAACAACCCACUCGGAUUUCUGCUGUAGUCCACCCUUCUGUGAUGUAGGCAUGAUGUUUCUGGGGGUGGUCUUGGACUCCAAGGUGGGCAAUUUAAAAUGUCUAUAUAAGGGCAGACACACCUUUGUUCUGGGUCCUCCUCCUUCUCCUGCGUGUGAAGGGGGCACCCUGUUUCAACAGUUCAAUAAAGAUCAGGCUUACUAGCUGCUUUUGCUUCUCAAUAUUCUCUGGUUGGCCUCUGUUCUUAUCUCCGACCGAUGGAGAACCUACAAAGGACUCUCUAUAAGGGCUCUUGUGUCCCCCAUAAGGGAAUAAGGGCAGAUUUUCAUUUAUUACAACCUACAUUACUCAAACCCACCCAUGCAGAUUGGAGACAUCUGUGCAUUACCUGUCUUUUGACAGCCAAGUAGCUUCACCUGCUAUUCUCAUUUUUUCUAUGUAGUCCAGACACAAUCUAGAUCUAUUGCCUAUUUGUUGCCCCUGAAAAUGGUUUCUUUCCAAAUGCAUAAGCUUAGCCAUUGUCGAGAUUUUCUCCAGCUCCAGAGCUUAUGAAACAACUUUAAGGGAAAUGGAAUUUUCAUCUAGCUUUCAGAUAAUUUUUUUAAUCUACAUUUGUGUUUCCUGAGCAGGCCAUUGAAAAAUGAAACCUGCACAAGUUCAGUGGACAUGGAACUCUUCCUGCAUUGUUCACUUCUUCCAUCGGUAAGUUGAGUAAUCUGACUGCCAACUCGCAAUUGGAUGGUAGUCUGUCCCUUGACAUGUCUGCAUUCAUUUCCCCCCUUCUUGUAGAUUGCCAUCAUUGUGGUGCUGUCCUGCCUUGAGAAAAGAGCUAGGAGAAGCUGGCUAGAUGAAAAAUGGCCUCUUCUCAACAGGAGAUGCGGAAUGGUCAUGUGAGUCUCCCUGAAAGGCACUUUGCUGCGGUAACCGUAAACUGGUCACAAUGAGACCAUUGCCUCAGAGCACCUUUGGCCACUGGUUCACAGCAAAAGGGUUUAGGCUGAAGAAAGAGGAGUGCAGAAAACUUGGCAGAAGAACUGGUGUGUGUGUGUGUGUGUGUGUGUGUGUGUGUGUGUGUGUCCCCUGUAUAAUUGCUUUAUUUCCCACUGGUUAAUUCUUUUACCAACACUAGUUGUAUUGCUAAUAAUAAUAAUAAUAAUAAUAAUAAUAUUUAUUUAUACCCCACCCAUCUGCCUGGGUUUCCUCAGCCACUCUGGGUGGCUCCCAACAGAAUAUUAUUAAUAAUAAUAAUACAGUGGUACCUCGGGUAACAUACGCUUCAGGUUACAUAUGCUUCAGGUUACACACUCCACUAACCCAGAAAUAAUGCUUCAGGUUAAGAACUUUGCUUCAGGAUAAUAACAGAAAUCAUGCUCCAGUGGCGCAGCGGCAGCAGGAGGCCCCAUUAGCUAAAGCGGUGCUUCAGGUUAAGAACAGUUUCAGGUUAAGAACGGACCUCCGGAACGAAUUAAGUACUUGACCCGAGGUAUCACUGUAAAGCGAUAAAACAUCAAACAUUAAAAACUUCCCUGAACAGGGCUGCCUUCAGAUGUCUUCUAAAAGUCAGAUAGGUGUUUAUUUCUUUGACAUCUGAUGGGAGGGUGUUCCACAGGGCGGGCGCCACUACUGAGAAGGCCCCCUGCAAACCGGAACACUUACUUCCGGGUUUGUGGCAUUCGAGAGCCAAAACGUGCAAGUACAGUCAUACCUUGGGUUACAGACACUUCAGGUUGUGUUUUUUCUGUUUACGGACCGCCGAAACCCGGAAGUACCGGAACGGGUUACUUCCGGUUUUCAGCAGUCGCGCAUGCGCAGAAGCGCUAAAUCGCACUUUGAGCAUGUGCAGAAGCACCGAAUCACAACCCGCGCGUGUGUAGAUGCGCCGCUGUGGUUGCGAACGCUGCAGGUUGUGAACGUGCAUCCCACACGAAUCAUGUUCGCAACCCCAGCGUCCACUGUACCAAGGCAUUCAAGAACCAAGGCACGACUGUAAAUGGAAAUACAUUGUAGCUGAAGUAAAGAUAACCAUGAUAAUAGUUGUUUGUUAUUUUAACCACCCUGAAGAGGCCACCCACCUGCUAGUGGGUUGCUGUUACUUUCCCAUGGAGCAUGAACGUCUUUUUGUUCCCAGACCCUUGGAUUUUACGGGGGCAUUCAGCAAUCGGUGGUCCCUGGGCUUUGCCUUUGGAGCUACAGCCAACAAAGUCAUGAUUCUCUUUUCCGAAGACUACCUCCCACUGCCCAGCAAGUUCAGAUGGGCAAAAGGUAAGAGGCCCCUGCUGAGAAAUGCCAGCCUGCUGCAUAAAUCAGUUGGGGUCUUCAUCGAGUCCCUGGCUGAGGAAGCUGUGUCUCCCCAAGCUGCUGCCCUUCAGAUAUGUUAGACUACAGCAAGGGUCAGCAAGGUUUAUCUUGCCUGGGCUGGAUCAGUCCCGUGGAGAUCCCUCUGUGGGCCGGAUCGUGCAUGCGCAUGAGCGCGCCUACCCACGAUUUUCAGUGUCUGCGCAGACACGAUUUUCAGCGCCGCAGAAGCGAGUCCCUGCGCCUCACAGGUUUAGCGCAGCAUGUGAGCAGGCCACUCGGUUUAGGGGCGUCUCGUGGGCCGGUCAAAUGACCUUCGUGGGUCGCUUCUGGCCCAUGGGCCUUAGGUUGCUGACCCCUGGAUUACAGCUUCCAUCUGUGCUCCACCACCAAGCUAUGAACCUCCCUAAUAUGACAUUCCUCUAGGGGUGACAACACAAGGACGGGCCUUUUCUGCAGUGGCUCUGUUUGUGGAAUGCUCUCCCCAGCGAGCUUUGGCUGGUGCCUAUAUUAUGCACCUUUCUUCUUCUUUGGCGAUCACUCGUAGCCAAGUAAGAUUGUCUUCCAUGAACACAGUCUUAACAGUCAGUCCGUAAGUGACUGUGGAGGCAAAUUCUGGAUCCACACGUUCUUCCACAGUGGGGACAUUGGUUUCUGGACAGGAGCUGAUCAUGGUGUGGAUUUGCCAAACAUGCCUUCCUCUUAGCACGUUUCUCCCUUUCUUCAAAGCCCAUGACAUCUUUGGUAAAGGCUGUUCUCCAACUGGAGCGCUCGCAGGCCAGUGUUUCCCAGUUGUCAGUGUAUAUACUACAUUUUUUUAAGAUUUGCCUUGAGACAGUCUUUAAACCUCUUCUGUUGACCACCAACAAAAGCCGUGACAGAUACAGACAGAGAGAUAACACGCUGCAAAGUUUCCCAGUUGUCUGUGUUUAUAUUAUUUUACCUUUAGGCAGCAGGCAAAAACGUUCCUCUUUAACGAGGCCUUUGGCUGAUAGACAUCUAAUGCCUUUUUAAAAUGUAUUGUGGAAGGGUAUGGGGGGUUAUUAGAUUGUUUUUGUUUUAAUUUUUAUUAUGUAUUUUGUGUUUUUAGAUUGUGAUUUUAUGUUGUGAAUAGCCCAGAGACCUGCGGGUAUAGGGCGGUAUACAUAUUUAAUAAAUGAUAAAAUGUUAUGUACUGAAGUUCUCACUCUGGGCCAGCAGGGGGAUACUGUAGAUAGUUCAGGUCCACAUAUGCAAAUAAGGGAUCAAAAGUGACGUUCAGUGAUUGGAUAGUUACAGAAAGUUGUUACAGUUACAUUGUACUGGAGCUCUAUAUAAGCAGGCUGGCUGAACCCUUCAGUUCAGUUCUGUUCUGGCCUGUGAAUAAACAAGAGCUGUUUGAAGAAUCGCUGUGUCGUCUGAUAUGUUCACCCACAACUUAACAUAAAAUAAUAACCAUUUGUUUACGCUUAUUGCACUUUCCUAAUAUGAGGUUUGAAUUAUCUGUUUUCAUCUCCUUACAGCCUUUAUUCUUCUCACUGGGGCCCUGGAAGUGGGCCUUUCCUCCUAUCCUUUCUUUGCUUGCCUGUCCACACGAUUCUCAAUCACCGGGGCCACGCUUGGAUUCCUUUACACAGGAAGUUGGUGAGCAACUUGAGAAAACUGGCCAGAAUGGCACUUGUGGGUGCGAUGGGCAUGUGGGGAAGCUGGAGGUACUGAGAGAAGCAUCAUAUCAUGUUCUGCCUGCGUCCAGGGUUGCCAAUGCAGUGCCCACAGACACCUUUGUUUCUCCUGUGACACCUGAGAAAUGUCUUAGUUAAUAUCUCCUCUAAGAUCCUCUAAUGAUGCCUUAUGAGGAACGGCUAACGGAGCUGGGCAUGUUUAGCCUGGAGAAGAGGAGGUUAAGGGGUGAUAUGAUAGCCAUGUUCAAAUAUAUAAAAGGAUGUCAAGGGAGGAGGGAGAAAGGUUGUUUUCUGCUGCUCCAGAGAAGUGGACACGGAGCAAUGGAUCCAAACUACAAGAAAGAAGAUUCUGCCUAAACAUUAGGAAGAACUUCCUGACAGUAAGAGCUGUUCGACAGUGGAAUUUGCUGCCAAGGAGUGUGGUGGAGUCUCCUUCUUUGGAGGUCUUUAAGCAGAGGCUUGACAACCAUAUGUCAGGAGUGCUCUGAUGGUGUUUCCUGCUUGGCAGGGGGUUGGACUCGAUGGCCCUUGUGGUCUCUUCCAACUCUAUGAUUCUAUGAUUCUAUGAUCCACAAAGCACAAGGUUGUGUGGCAAGACCACCUGGAAGAAUUUUACCUUCAUGAUCUCGAUAUAAUAAUAUAUCCAUAUAAAACCAUAUAUCCUAGUGAUCAUGUAUCCAUAUAUAAUCAUAUAUCCUAGUGAUGAUUUUUAUAUAUCCAUGUAUCCUAAUGAUGUUUGAAUCGCUAAGGCUUCAGCAGAGCUAAAAGUGCUAAAAUCUUAAAAUCCAAAAUUUGCCCUCUGCCCUAUUUCUCUCCCUGCCUUGCUAUUGUGCUGGAAGGAAGCAAUAAAUCUGACGUGUUGGCAUUUUUCUAUAGGGAACCUACUCCAGACAACUUUUCAGGCUCAUGAGAUGGGGCUCAGUUGGGGAACUGGAAAAGCAGUCAGCCAUAAUGCAAUGUUCAAAGUCGAUAACAGAUGGUGGGGGUUAUUCAGGUUUCAAUGGCCAAAUAGGUUUCUUUUCCUCUUCAUUGCUGAAAAUUAGGUUAAAGGGCAAAUUGACGCACCAUCUAAGAAAAGCAGAAGUAUUCUUUACAUGGUCAGAGGAAGAGCUUGUGUGCGCUCAUUGGUUUGAUUUUUGCUGCAACAUACGAAUAUGUCAUGUUUUAUGCUGUUUGAAAUCAGGUAUAAAAAAACCCAAUGCACAGGGGCUUCGGGGCCCAGGCUCUGGAAACGAUUCCACUGGGUCUUUAUUGCUCAGCAAUAAACUUUGCCUUCUUUUUCUCCACUGCUGCGCCUGUCGAUUCUUGGACACAUUUUGAGUGGGCAACAGGUAUUCCUUACUUACUUGCAACAGUUGGGGGAGACCGACAAAUGCCAUCGUAUCUCUCCUUUUUAAUUUUAUUUUACAGGUUUGCCAUCAUAGCCAUGAACAUUGUGCAGUGCCCGCAUGGACAAGUGAGUCUCGGGUUAGGCAAUAAUACUAAGAUGUUUGACAUCACAAAUACUUAUCAGGGACAUUGUUUUUAGCCCUUUGCAGGAGUUUAGUCAUAUACCACGAAUGAGGGUGCUUCUAGAGUACAGAUUGUUACCUUCCCAGCCGGUGGGAUUCAGUUAUAUACUGGCAAAUUCAGGUUGCACAAUCAUAAUGUUUUUUAUCAGACAAACCAAAGCCUCUGGCCAACCGGGGGGCUUAGUGUGGGCAGAAUGCCAGGCAUGGUGACACUCUUGUAGCUUCUCAUUGGCUCUGUGAGCCGGUAGCCUAACACAUUAAAGCACACUCAGUACUUUGUUGGACACUGUUGAAAACAGACCACCAUGGGCUGACGGGAUAGCAUUGUGGUUUUAAGGUCUGAGUGGGGAAUAUUUGGGACUCUACUUGGGGCAUACAACUGAAUAUUUGCAGCACCAACAGAUAACCCUUUUAAUCCACAUUUUUUCUGUGCAGAUCAUUGGGGAAUAUGAAAAUAUUAUUUUUUACUGGCCCUCCUUGCUCUGCCAGGUUUUCCUGCUAGGCAGAUUUGUCCAUAUGUUUGUGAAAGCGUCACGGGACCGACUCCGGCUGCCUCCUCUAACUGUGAGUAUUUCAGCAUCAAAGGGAACCCUCCAAUUUCUCCCUUUUCAUUCUUUACACUUAUAUAAUGAACUCUGGAAUUUUACUGUCUAAUGAGACCAUUGAUCCAUAAAAUGAAAGCAAUAAACAAUGUACUGCAGUCACACAAUCAACCAAUCAGUAGCUGAACAGGGUUCCACAGUCACAAAAAACAACAUACGUAUUUUGUGUUUUACACAUUGUAACUUUGUGUUGUGAGCCACCCCCAGAUGCUAUAUGCAUAUAGGGUGGUAUGCAAAUUUAAUAAAUAAGAAACAAUAAUUUUGUAAAGAUGUGAUUAGUCCCCAGACACUUUAGCGUGUUCUUAAUUUCAAGGUGUGCUCUCUUUUGGACUCUUUCAGCUGAAAGAUGUGCUCCCUGGAAUAAUGAAUACCACAACACACAUGUAACUGGCUGUAAAGUAACAUAACAUUAUAUAUAAUAAAACUGUAAUCUAAUCAUCAUAUCAAAAAAUUGCAAAGCACUGUUCCUGAUGGCAAUAACAUAUCAUAUUACUAUGUUUUUAUUGUCGUAAAAUCCAAGGAUUUGUUUAGUCAUUUAGUCAUGUCCGGCUCUUCGUGACCCCAUGGACUUGAGCACGCCAGGCACUCCUGUCUUCCACUGCCUCCCGCAGUUUGGUCAAACUCAUGCUGGUAGCUUCGAGAACACUGUCCAACCAUCUCAUCCUCUGUCGUCCCCUUCGCCUUGUGCCCUCCAUCUUUCCCAACAUCAGGGUCUUUUCCAGGGAGUCUUCUCUUCUCAUGAGGUGGCCAAAGUCUUGGAGCCUCAGCUUCACGAUCUGUCCUUCCAGUGAGCACUCAGGGCUGAUUUCCUUCAGAAUGGAUAGGUUGGAUCUUCUUGCAGUCCAUGGGACUCUCAAGAGUCUCCUCCAGCACCAGAAUUCAAAAGCAUCAAUUCUUCGGCGAUCAGCCUUCUUUAUGGUCCAGCUCUCACUUCCAUACAUCACUACUGGGAAAACCAUAGCUUUGUCGGCAAGGUGAUGUCUCUGCUUUUUAAGAUGCUGUCUAGGUUUGUCAUUGCUUUUCUCCUAAGAAGCAGGCGUCUUUUAAUUUCGUGGCUGCUAGUCAAGUCCAAAGAUUGUCAAGUCCAACGAUUACAACUUGCAAUGCCAUUUCAUACUGAUAUCUUCCUUCUGCAUCAUCCUAUGUCUUAAAAGUGUAACAAACGAACUUGCCUUCUGCAGAGUCCUAUGUCUUGAGAGUGUAACAAACAAAACUACAUAGUAACAAUCAGGCACCUGAUGAUAGAUCAGUUCUCAGGAUACAUCCUUGUUUCGCCCAUUGGGCUUCUUCAGCAACAAGGUUUCCAGGAGAUUUUUCAGUAGGUUUUUUCAGCCGAAAUAGUCCACAGGAACGCAGAAGUUGCCAGUCAGUUGCCAGCAAUUUAAUAAAUAAGAAACAAUAAUUUUGUAAAGAUGUGAUUAGUCCCCAGACACUGUAAAAAGGUAAAGGGACCCCUGACCAUUAGGUCCAGUUGUGGCCAACUCUGGGGUUGCGGCGCUCAUCUCGCUUUAUUGGCCGAGGGAGCCGGCGUUUGUCCGCAGACAGCUUCCGGGUCAUGUGGCCAGCAUGACUAAGCCGCUUCUGGCGAACCAGAGCAGCGCAUGGAAACGACGGUUACCUUCCCGCUGGAGCGGUACCUAUUUAUCUACUUGCACUUUGACGUGCUUUGGAACUGCUAGGGGGGCAGAAGCAGGGACUGAGCAACGGGAGCUCACCCUGUCGCGGGGAUUCGAACCGCCGACCUUCUGAUCGGCAAGUCCUAGGCUCAGUGGUUUAGACCACAGAGCCACCCGCAGCACACUUUAGCACGUUCUUAAUUUCAAGGUGUGCUCUCCUUUGCACUCUUCCAGCUGAAAGAUGUGCUCGCUGGAAUAAUGAAGCAUCUCUUUUCUUCUCCCUGCAGGAGGAGAAGGCCUCCGUCAUGGAACUACACCAGGCUCAAUAUGUCCAGCAGCUCAUGAGGAAGCCUCCACUGAUGUGAGCAGGGUCAUUCUGUCCCAGGGGCAUUUGCCUUUUUAGUCUAGAAAAAUAAUAACAGUGGAAUCUGCAUUGAGGGUUUUAUAAGCUCCAGCUGCCCCUGCUAGGGACAGCCCCUAUUUUCAGUCUUCCCCCUUGCCUUUCCUAGGCUAGCUGAUGCCUUGCCCACCAUCCCUGGCCAGGAGAAAAUAGCAUCUGUUGACCGAGGUCUCUUCCUGGGAACCUGUUUCCUGAUUUGUUUGCAUGGGGUUUAUAUGACUUUCUGUCAAUCAAUCAUUAUUCCACUCUUGUAGUGCCCCUCACCAUCACACACACACACACACACACACACACACACACACAACCCUACCGUAUUUUUCCGUGUAUACCACUAGGUUUCCCCCCUAAAAAAUAAUGUCAAAAGUUAGGGGGCGUCUUAUACAUGGAUAGGGAUGUGGGUGGCACUGUGGGUUAAACCACAGAGCCUAGGACUUGCCGAUCGGAAGGUCGGCGGUUCGAAUCCCAGUGACAGGGUGAGCUCCCGUUGCUUGGUCCCUGCUCCUGCCAACCUAGCAGUUCGAAAGCAUGUCAAAGUGCAAGUAGAUAAAUAGGUACUGCUCCGGCGGGAAGGUAAACGGCGUUUCCGUGUGCUGCUCUGGUUCGCCAGAAGCAGCUUAGCAGUUUUCACACACAGCCCACCUUCCCUUGUCACUUCAUGCUCUUUACGCGUUCUUUCCCACCAACAGGCAGCCUCAGAAAUCCUGGAUCCGGCGGAAUGUGUAUGAAUGGGACCCUUAUUUUCAGUUCCCCAGCAGGAUGAUCACCAUGGCUGUGCUUGCCCUCAUCUGCCUCUACAUGGUGAAUAAAAUAUUCCCUGUUUCUUUCUGGGUGGGUGGAGAGAUGUUUUGGAGUAACAACUUGGCUUUCCGGAGUAGGUAAGAGCAGCUCAAUUUAUUGAUUUCCAAUGGGGCAGAUGUAUUAAUCUCUCUCUCUCUCUCUCUCUCUCUCUCUCUGUGUGUGUGUGUGUGUGUGUGUAAGAUCCAGCUUCCUCUUCUCACAGGAACGGCCCUUUGUUCAUGGGGGUAUCUGUAGUAGUAGUAGUAGUAGUAGUAGUAGUAGUAAUAAUAAUAAUAAUAAUAAUUUAUACCCCACCCAUCUGGCUAGGUUUCCCCAGCCACUCUGGGUGCUCCCAACAGAAUAUUAAAAACAUGAUAAAACGUCAAACAUUAAAAACAAGGCUGCCUUCAGAUAGUUGUUUAUUUCCUUGACAUAUGAUGGGAGGGUGUUCCACAGAGUGGGCACCACUACUGAGAAGGCCCUCUGCCUGGUUCCCUGUAGCGUCACUUCUUGCAGUGAGGGAACUACCAGAAGGCUCUCAGAGCUGGACCUCAGUGUCCGGGCUGAAUGAUGGGGGUGGAGACACUCCUUCAGGUAUACUGGGCUGAAGCUGUUUAAGGCUUUAAAGGUCAGCACCAACACUUUGAACUGUGCUCAGAAAUGUACUGGGAGCCAAUGUAGGUCUUUCAGGACUGGUGUUAUAUGGUCUGGGUGGCCACUCCCAGUCACCAGUCUAGCUGCUGCAUUCUGGAUUAAGUGUACAGUGGUGCCUCGCAAGACGAAAUUAAUCCGUUCCGCGAGAGUCUUCGUCUAGCGGUUUUUUCGUCUUGCGAAGCAACCCUAUUAGCGGCUUAACGGAUUAGCGCUAUUAGCGGUUUAGCGGCUAUUAAAGGCUUAAAGGCUUAGCGGAUUAGCUGCUAAAAGGCUAUUAAAGGCUAUUAAAGGCUUAGCGGAUUAGAUUAAGGGGGUGGGAAGCAAAAAUAAAAUCUCACGACUCGCAAGACAUUUUCGUCUUGCGAAGCAAGCCCAUAGGGAAAUUCGUCCUGCGAAGCAACUCAAAAACGGAAAACCCUUUCGUCUAGCGGGUUUUCCGUCUUGCGAGGCAUUCGUCUUGCGGGGCACCACUGUAGUUUCUGGGUCACCUUCAAAUGUAGCCCCAUGUAUAGCACAUUGCAGUAGUCCAAGCGGGAGAUAACCAGAGCAUGCACCACUCUGGCAAGACAGUCUGUGAGCAGGUAGGGUCUCUGCCUGCGUACCAGAUGGAGCUGGUUGACAGCUGCCCUGGACACAGAAUUGACCUGUGCCUCCAUGGACAGCUGUGAGUCCAGAAUGACUCACAUUAAUGAGCAUUGAUGCUUUAAUUGUUCAUAUUUGGGCUGCAGAUCUUUAAAGGAGUUCACUAGUGAAGAUUAGCAGCAGGAAAUAUUGUCUGGCAAUAACUGCUGCAAGUUAACUGUUCCUUUUUAUCCAUUUCUCUCCUCCAGUUUGUUGUGAAUGAGUUUUAUGUCUUCAAGAUGGUCUCACAAGCGCUGCAAGCUCUGAAGUCCACCUUUGAUGUGGUCAUUGUUUCCAGCAAUACAACAGAGGUAGUUGCUCAGGUGGAGCAUUUGAAAGACUUUAUUGACGUCACAGAAGGUAUGGGCACAGUCUGUGACUUAUUUUGUAUGUGUGUGUUGACGACAAAAUGAUGUUGGUGGUUGCGUUUCACCAGCUUUUCACAUCUGCUGAUGCUGACAUCCAUAUCUUAGGCAGCCCAUGCCUGCUGUUCGAAUAUGGAUGUUGCACGGACUAUAAUGUACCUUCAAUUUAAACUGGGCUCUCUUCCACAGACAGCAUGGGGGAUGUCGAUUAGAUGGAAACUCUCAGAGUGAUUAAAUGCAAACAACCCAUUGCAGUGGUGAGGUGGGAGUGGGGAUCGGAUCUGGAAUUCAACACCUUCACACACCAAUCAGGAGGACCCAAACUAUUCUUUGGGGUGACAGUUUUUUGGGGGCACUUAUUAGAUUCUGGAUUAUAAUGGGCAAGUUCCUGUCGUCAGGAUAUCUCUCAGUCCUCUUUUUUCCAAUUAGUUUUUUUUUAAUCAAAGAUUUUCUUGUGUUCCAAAACAAACAAAUUUAUAUUUAUAUUUUGCUACGGUGAUCUAUGUUUACUCCUGUUGGGUCCUUCCAGUGUCUAGUUAUGAUGUUUCUUGCUGCCUCUCAGUCCUCUUGAUGUUGGGUUCAGGCUGAGGCUUCUUCCAAGGGCAUCACUCAUUAUGUGGCUGGAGAGAUCUUCAUCCCACCCCAAAACACUUUUACUUUUCUUUUAGAACACAGGUGGCCUUAGAGACUAGAUGUUUCUUGGACUCCAACUGCCUUCAGCCCCAGCUGAUGUGGCUAAUAGCUGUGGAUGAGAGAGAGGGAGUCCAGCAACAUCUAGAGAUACUGUUAUGUACUGAGCUGAAUAGGAUCCAAAAUGCAGCAGUCUGAUUGGUCCUAGAACAAUAGGAUUCAGAAUGCAGCAGUCUGAUUGGUCCUAGAACAAUAGGAUUCAGAAUGCAGCAGUCUGAUUGGUCCUAGAACAAUGCAGCAUUAUGAUUGGUCUGCAGGAGCCACCCAAUCCAGCUAGAGAUGGAAGUGAAUCCACAACCUGAUUGGCCUACAGGAGAAUUCCGGAAUUAGCCAGUCACGUGCAGCCCAUUGUGUAAAUAAUGUAUAUAAAGCAGAUAUUUUGGGGAAACUUGCAUUCCUCCUCACCACUAUGAGCUGAAUAAAGAGCAUGAAAUCUACUCUCGACUCUGGGUAUAUUUCAGAUACUCAGGCUGGCUACUCUUCCCUUAGAGCUACUAGGUUUGUCAGGAGGCAGGAAUCCCUUCCUGCUGAGAAGGCAGCAUGAAUGACUGCCAGGAAUGUGUACGUGCUGAGAGACACACGCAGGGUAUGUAAGCCUGGUAGAGGAGCCUGCUUUCAUAUUCCCUUGCAUGUCUUCAGUUUCACCUCCAAUUCGGAAAAUCAACUGUCUUGCCAAAGGCAAGGUGGUUCUUUUAAACGGAGAUUCAGAAGCAAUACAAAAUGCACAAAUGAGUGAGAAGAUUAAAGAUUUUAUUCUAAAACAGCAAAGCACUUCAAUCUGCCACUUGCAAGCCCCCAUGAAACAGCAAAGCGACUCCCCCAGGCAAGGCUGGAUUUAGGUUUGAUGAGGCCCUAAGCUACUGAAGGGACGUGGGUGGCGCUGUGGGUUAAACCAUAGAGCCUAGGGCUUGCCGAUCAGAAGGUCAGCGGUUUGAAUCCUCAAGAUGGGGUGAGCUCCCGUUGCUCGGUCCCUGCUCCUGCCAAUCUAGCAGUUCGAAAGCACUUCAAAGUGCAAGUAGAUAAAUAGGUACCGCUCCAGUGGGAAGGUAAAUGGCGUUUCCGUGCGCUGCUCUGGUUCGCCAGAAGUGGCGUAGUCAUGCUGGCCACGUGACCCGGAAGCUGUACACCGGCUCCCUCAGCCAAUAAGGCGAGAUGAGCGCCGCAACCCCAGAGUUGGCCAUGACUGGACCUAAUGGUCAGGGGUCCCUUUACCUUUUAAGCUACUGAAGGCAAUGGGGCUCUUUAUAUGUCCAGCUGUCCUUUGUCAACAACAAAUUGUAGCUGGUUUUGUGUGUUGAAUAUAUGAUAUAUGGUAAUUUAUGGACCUAAUAGGUAUCUAAAGCCAUUUGCACUUAACAAAUAGGAGCCUAUGUUGUAAACAAAAAUCUGCCCUUUUCCCCUUAUGGGGUAUCCAAGAGCCCAUAUAGAGUCCUUAUGUAGGUUCCCUAUCGGUAGGAGAAAAUAACAGAGGCCAACCAGAGAAUAUUGAGAAGCAAAGCAGCUAGUAAGCCUGAUCUUUAUUGAUCUGUUGCAACAGGGUCCUCACUCACCACACGCAGGAGGGAGGAGGAACCCAGAACAAUGGUGUGCAAGCCCUUAUAGAGACUUUUGAAACUGCCCACUCUGUAGCUCAAGACCACCCCCAGAAACAUCAUACCUACAUCACAGAAAUGGCGGUCUACAGUAGAAAUCUGAGUGCUUUGUUUACCUCCUGUUUGCCAGGUUACCUGUUUAAUGGUCAGGAUUGGAUUGCCUGGGGAGCCUGGCCUGUCUUUUGUAAUAAUAAAUACUUAGUAAUUAUGAAUACUUAGUUCCUGAGUCAGGUCACAGGCUCACACCCUAUUCAAACACAGACAUACCCUUAAGACAGGAUUUGUGAAGGAAAAGACAAUGGGGAGGCUUUCCCAUUUUCCUUUGACCUUGCAGAGAAAACAUUUGGUCAGUUUGGGAAUCAAAAAUGGUUUCAGGUCAGUCUUCCUGUGCUGAUCUAUGUACGUGCUUGGUUGGUACAUUUAUUAUAUAUCUAAGACCUUAAAAUUCUUAUCACACCUACACAACGCAAAACACUGUUGCUGUAUAUAGAUUUUAUUUUAUCUUAUAUUUUGGAAAUGUACAUCCAGUUUUUCCCCCUUUAAUUUUUUGGGGGCCCCCCAAGAGAGGGGGGCCAUAAGCUAUAGCUUGUUUAGCUUAUACGUAAAUCUGGCACUGCCCCCAGGUAGCUUCAGUUUGCACGGCCCUGCGGCCGAUCAGUCUUCAAAGAAACUCUGCCCAUACUGUCCAAUUUUAUAGAUAACCUGUGUAACUUUCCAGAGUAGCUACGUGCAGAUAAUCCAUCAGCCGCCCCCUCCCAAUGCCUCACUUUCUCAAAACAAUGUCCAACAUGAAAGAAGGUACCCAGCACUAUCCUCCCAAACGGAUUAAGGCAGCUGUAUGGGGGGGCUUCACCUCCUCCCAAUCUUCUCAGGACAUCAAAGACUGUUCUCACACCAUCAAAAAACUUAACAAGAGCGAGGGAGGGGGAAGGAACAGAGGCAGGAAGGGCUCUGUGUCAGACCACUAACUCCUGAUACGUUUUGUUUUUCGGAUGCAUUUCCCAUACAUUGACUCACAAGUAAAAAGAGGGUGGUGAGAAACGGUUCUGAAGCUUGCAAGCGUGUUGGUACCUUCCAUGCCUGUGAAAGCAGAGCACUUUUGAGGUUGUGUUGACUGAGGAUACGACCUCACAAAGAGAAUGAGGUCACACAGGUGACGGUUCUUUGUCCCACAGGUGUGUGGCUUUUCACCACCGUCACUGCCUGCCUCACCAGUGUCAGCUACGUGUUCCACAUCCUGGCCUGCUACAGGUAUGGAGAUGCUUCGUGCCUUGUAUCUUAUUCCGCGAGGAUUUCGGGACCCUGGGGGGAGUGGAGGAAAAGAAAGAGUAGCUUGUCCAAGCGGAUCUAGGCAGCCAAUUCAAGUCCUGGCAAAGUCAAGUCUAGUCCAAAUUGUAUUUGUAUUUUGGGGGCACAGCUGACUCUGGCAACAUAUAAAUAAACAAACUCGACUACACUAUUUUCCUAGAAAGCACAUGAAACGGUUGUGGGCUGGCCAGAAGCAAUUCCUUCCGUUGGUGUUUGUCAGGCUGUCAUCUUCUCAAAAUGUGGUGAGUUCUCACUUCUCUUCCCCUUCAAGUCUACCCGCAGCAGUAACCUAUCUUGCAAAUACCCGAAUCUCUUUUACGUAACCCAGAUGUUGUCUGGAAAGCUCUGCCCUGGCUGCUCAUUCCAUGUUCAGCCCAAUUCAAGAUGCAAGUGUUGUCUAUACAGCCCUAAAUAGUCUGGGUCCCAGUUAUAUAAUGGAGUACCUCCCCUUGUCCUAUCCUGCCUAUGAACUGAGAUCUGCUGGUGAGUCCUUUUCGGCUGUAGUGAAAGCUGGAUGGUCAGAAUUCAGAACAGGGUCUUCUCAGUGGCGGCACCCUAAUUGUAAAACACUCAUCCUGUAGAGAAUAGGCAGGUGCUGACACUGAGGAACGUUUGGUGCCAGGAAAAAAGAUGUUUUUGCCCAGUCUUUUGAAGUUUAGUCUGUUUUAAGAUGGCUAUUGUGGCAAAUGAAGGAAUAUGUGGAUAGGUUUUUAAUUCAAUUUUGAUGUGUUGAUUUUCUGUAGUUGAUUUGUUGCUCUGUUACCAUUGCAUGAUGAAGGCUGGAAUGCAGAUCCCAUAACUAACCAAACAAACACAUACAUACAUACAUACAUACAUACAUACAAAAAAUAAUGGCAUACUGGGGUCAGUUUCUUGGUCACAUUGACAUGUGAUGGAAUGUUGGGAGAAUGAGACAGAAUGUUUAUGACUGGUCCCAAAUGUUAGUCUUUUAUCACUGCUUAGCUUUGGUAUCAAUGGCUUCAGCAAGGAAGAUGGUCUAUAGUACAAGUCCCAGUGGAGAUUUAUAUAUCAGGCCAUGUGUAUAUUCUUAUUUUCUAUUAUACAUGUGGGAGUUUAUUGUAUAUAAACGUCUCUCCAUUUUUUAUUUUAUUUUAACAUUAACAGGCCGCAAUAGCAAGAUACUCUGGUUGGCAAAUUGCAUACAUACUAUGGGGUACGUGACUGUCUUUGUUGUGAACUGAUGAUUGGGGUUGCCCCUUUCUUCCCUUGUUAAUUGUUCAUUUGUGCUUUUUCCCUCUAGGGUACCUGAUCAUCCACACAGUUCAGUGCCUCUUUGGGGUGAUGUUCAUGUAUGGUUUCGUUUUGCCCAUCAAGCAUGGCCAGGGGAUCGAAAUGCUUAAAAAUCUGGGAACUGGGAUGUAAGUGCCCUGCAUUUUUUGUGCAGUCUACUAGGGUACUGACUGAGAAGGAGGUUGUGAGCCAGGACGUUGGUCAGGCAGGCAUUCCCUGGGUAGUCUUGGGCGAGUGAUGAUCUCUCAGUUUUGCCCAGCGCUUCCUACAUUCACAAAACAUUAAUUUUGUUCUCAGGUGCUCCUUGUGCUUUAUCAAAGAAAACAUAAAUAGAAGUGCCCUUUGCAAGCUGUGCUUGUGAACCUGAUGACUCUGAUUUUUUGGGGUUAAACAUUUGGUUUUCAACCUUAUGAUCCUCGCAAUCCAGACAUUUACCAUUUCCCCAUCUGGCUGAGCUGCUUCUAGGUGGGUGACUCCUAGGUAUAGGUAAAGGGACCCCUGACCAUUAAGUCCAGUCAUGACCGACUCUGGAGUUGCGGUGCUCAUCUCGCUUUAUUGGCCGAGGGAGCCGGCCUACGGCUUCUGGGUCUUGUGGCCAGCAUGACUAAGCCACUUUUGGCAAACCAGAGCAGCAUAUGGAAACGCCGUUUACCUUCCCACCGGAGCGGUACCUAUUUAUCUACUUGCACUUUGACAUGCUUUCGAACUGCUAGAUUGGCAGGAGCAGGGACCGAGCAACGGGAGCUCACCCCAUUGCGGGGAUUCGAACCGCUGACCUUCUGAUCAGCAAGUCCUAAUCUCUGUGGUUUAACCCACAGCGCCAUCCGCGUCCUUCGGGUGACUCCUCCUGCUACCCAAACACAGAGGUGUACCUAGGGGUUGCUGAAACUGGCUCCCUCUGGGGGCACAGGCCCGAGAAGGGCGUAAAUAUCAGCUGCCAGACUAUGAAGUGUAUGGUGCUUAUGUGCGCGAUGAUGUGCUGCUGCUGCUGUCAUGGCGAGAUCAAACAUGGGAGACAUUUCCUAUCCUUCUUACACCAUGGAACAAAGUUGAUUUUUUUCAGAGGGUGGGUGGGCUCCAACACAGCUCCUUGCCAGGGGUGCAAAGUGUUAUGUACUGAAGUUCUCACCCUGGGCCAGCAGGGGGAUACUGUAGAUAGUUUUCACUCAGGUCCACAUAUGCAAAUAAGGGAUUGAAAGUGACGUUCAGUGAUUGGAUAGUUACAGAAAAUGGUUACUGUUGUGUUCUAGUGGAGCUCUAUAUAAGCAGGCUGGCUGAACCCUUCAGUUCAGUUCUGUUCUGGCCUGUGAAUAAACAAGAGCUGUUUGAAGAAUCGCUGUGACGUCUGAUAUGUUCACCCACAACUUAACACAAAGGACCCUAGGUGUGCAUUUGCCCAAAGAUUGCAAGUUACAACAAGUGGAAUUGCAAUUGACUCUCCCUCCUAUUGGGAAUACAGUGGUACCUCGGGUUACAGACGUUUCAGGUUACAGACUCCGCUAACCCAGAAAUAGUACCUCGGGUUAAGAACUUUGCUUCAGGAUGAGAACAGAAAUCGUGCUCCGGCGGCGCGGUGGCAGCGGGAGCCCCAUUAGCUAAAGUGGUGCUUCAGGUUAAGAACAGUUUCAGGUUAAGAACGGACCUCCAGAACGAAUUAAGUUCUUAGCCCAAGGUACCACUGUAUUACCGAUUUCCUAUGUGUACAUCCUGGUAUUUUCCAGCCACCCCAGUGGGUGUGGCAUACCAGUUGUAGGAGAGGCCAUUUGCAGCUCAGCACAGAUUCCCCUUAAUAACCCUUGUAGAUCCAUGGCAUUUUUUGACUUUGCUGGUUUUUUAAAUCAGUCUUUCAAUUAUUACUAGCGGUCUGUUGUCGGUGAUAGCUGGGAAAGAAAUGUACUGAUGCAUACCUGACCGUGGCAUUCAGCUCCUUAUAUUUUUGUUACAAUCUCAUAAAACUGUCACUUCUCUCUGCCUUUUCUGCCUCAGCCUCACACUUGCCGUCGUCAUAGGGCUCAUGCAACUGCAGAUUGCAACAGCUACUGCCUUCUUUCUUCAGCCGAAGAUUUUGUUGACUGACAAGGAAAAGCCUUUGGCUCUUGAUAACAGGUCAGGGCAAGGAAGUUGGGGUGCCGACGGGGUUUGUCUUUUGUCCAGGGGAGGGCUCUUAAUAUUUUAUCCAACUUGCACAACAGACACAUCUACUGGUCCUGCCGAUGAGUUUCUGCAUAUCAUGCAGUUGUUAAAGGCGUUGGAGCCGUGCUAGAAAAAAGUUGGCCUUUCUACUUCCCAUUGUUCAAGUUCAUGAUAGAAAAACCUGUUCCAGUCGAAGCUGUGCAAGGCAAGAAAUGUUUGCUGCCUCUGUCUGAUGGAGGAAAAGUGUAACCGCAGUGUCUGCCGGGAGAACAUACUAGUCAGGAUUCUUGCAAGGACAUUGUUCUCUGUCUUGAACAAGAACACAACAGCAACAGGAAAGUCCUGUGACCAUCCAGAAAUGUUAAAUCUGGUGCUAGUAAAGGUAAAGGGACCCCUGACCAUUAGGUCCAGUUGUGGCCGACUCUGGGGUUGCGGCGCUCAUCUUACUUUAUUGGCCGAGGGAGCCGGCAUACAGCUUCCGGGUCAUGUGGCCAGCAUGACUAAGCCGCUUCUGGCGAACUAGAGCACCGCACAGAAACACCGUUUACCAUCCUGCCGGAGCGGUACCUAUUUAUCUACUUGCACUUUGACGUGCUUUUGAACUGCUAGGUUGGCAGGAACAGGGACCGAGCAACGGGAGCUCACCCCGUCGUGGGGAUUCGAACCGCCGACCUUCUGAUCGGCAAGUCCUAGGCUCUGUGGUUUAACCCACAGUGCCACCCGCGUCCCCUGGUGGUGCUACCUAUCUGGUGCUACCUAGUGGUUAAACUUUCUAAUAUGUAAAAAAGGUAAAGGUCCCCUGGACGGUUAAGUCCAGUCAAAGGCAACUAUGGAGUGUGGCGCUCAUCUUGCUUUCAGGCCGAGGGAGUCAGCGUUUGUCCACAGACAGCUUUCUGGGUCAUGUGGCCAGCAUGACUAAACCGCUUCUGGCGCAACAGAACACUGUGACGGAAACCAGAGCAUACGGAAACGCCGUUUACCUUCCCGCCACAGCAGUACCUAUUUAUCUACUUGCACUGGUGUGCUUUCAAGCUGCUAGGUUGGCAGGAGCAGGGACCGAGCUCACCCCGUCGCGGGGAUUUGAACCGCCGACCAAGAGGCUCAUUGGUUUAGAGCACAGCGCCACCCGCAUCCCUUAUACUUUAGAAUAGUCCCAUCCUCACAAGGGAAUUUGCACAAGAGAAGGUCUAGAAAACAAACAUGGUGUCACAACUAUGACGUAGUGAAUUGGGAAGAACCGAAGGUGAGAUGUAAGGGGGUGUCCAAUUUUGGCCUCGCACAGGGUGCUGCUGAAAUUUGAAAGGCCAAAGUCUGGCCCUGUGUCCAGCUAACCUCCCCUCAGAGCGGAGCAACAGAAAGUAAUGGACUUUACUUUCUGUAAUGGAAAGUAACGGAAAGUAAUGGACAACAGAAAGUAAAGGUAGUCAUGUCCAUUAAUUCCAAUGGGCUUACUCUGAGUAUGACUAGACCCGGAGCCCAUCCGUACAAUCUUGUGACUUGCUUUUGAUUCCCACAUGUACCUUUAGCUGGAAGCCUGAAAGCUAGAAGCAGUUUGAUUCAUUUUACGCUUGAUGCUGCCUCCUUGAGUGCAUCUGCUAUUGUGACUCUCCUGUGGCGAUUUGUCCUUAUUUCCAGGAAAGCUUUCCACAAUUUCAACUACUUCUUGUUCUUCUACAAUGUGGUGCUGGGCCUGGGGGCCUGCCUGUUCCGUCUGCUGGGCAGCGUCAUCGUGGGAGCGUGGCUGAUUGCUCGGAUAGACAGGACAAUCAUGCCCAAAGGCUAUGAAGCAGCUGACCUGGGUAAGGCUUGGGCUACUCUCUCUCUCUCUCUCUCUCGGGCCAUAAGGCUGGAAGUUUCUCAAACAUCUCUGGCUUUCAGAAAAGAAGCAAGCGAGCAAACUCAAAGGGCAAGGGAAAGCCCACAAUGAAGGCUGCAUGAUACAAUAUACGAUACGAUAUCUUUAUUGUCAUUGUCCCAUGCAGAACAAUGAAAUUGAAAAACUACAUAAAACUACAUAAAAACUACAUAAAACUACCACAAAACUACAUAAAACUACUACAAAACUACAUAAAACAUUCAAAAACCCCGAAACCCCAUUUAAAAAUACACUAUACUAUAGAGACCCCUUAUGCUGCGUUUAGAACCAGAAUUGCAUUUGCGUAGAAACUGUUUCUCAGGCGGCUAGUCCUGGCCUUUAUAACCCUAUACCUUAUCAGUUUAAUAGCUAAAUUAAUCAACUCAAACUUCAGUUGAUUAACAAGUGUUGACUAGGUUUAAGCAGUCAGGCAUGCAGGUUACCUAUUGAUGGACAGUACCAGUUUUCCGCAACUGUCCCAUGGUAACUGCCCUUUAGCUUGUUCACACGUUCUGCUGAACAUGGACACCUUACACAGGACUUGAAGAAUCUUCUUACCUGUCAGUUUGACAACAGUUGAUAAGUAUUAUUCAUAUACCGUAUUUUUUGCUCAAUAAGACUCACUUUUCCCCUCCUAAAAAGUAAGGGGAAAUGUGUGUGCCUCUUAUGGAGCGAAUGCAGGCUGCGCAGCUAUCCCAGAAGCCAGAACAGCAAGAGGGAUUGCUGCUUUCACUGUGCAGCGAUCCCUCUUGCAGUUCUGGCUUCUGAGAUUCAGAAUAUUUUUUUUCUUGUUUUCCUCCUCCAAAAACUAGGUGCGUCUUAUGGUCUGGUGCGUCUUAUAGAGCGAAAAAUACGGUAUAUAUAUUAAUGAAUACAAUGCAUUUCUCUCCCUUGAGCCCAAGAGAGGGUUUAGCCCUUUUUGUUUUCAAAACUCCUUCAUAGCGGUGCAUACGUUAUUAAUCCAUAGUUUGCCUGUCCUCACAAACUCCUCCAAACAGCAUCUCCUUGAAGUCACCACACGCCCAGGUUCUCAGUCAAAGAAACAACUAACAGAAUAACCAACCAACUCCAACCUGCCACCUCCUUCCCACAAUGCCAUUUAUUCUUUGUGAACUACAUUUACGAGGCAAAUACAAUACAAAUACUAACAGCUGUCUCUACACAUGUGGAAGUGUUUGUGAGAAAGAGUGCAUGCAAGCUGCUAUGUUUAGCACAACUGCCGUGUAAUAGUAAUAAUAAUUUUAUUAUUUAUACCCCACCCAUCUCGCUGGGUUUCCCCAGCCACUCUGGGCGGCUUCCAUCACUUAUAAAAACAUAAUAAAAUGUCAAAAAUGAAAAAUUUCCAGAUACAGGGUUGUCAUCAGAUGUCUUCUAAAUAAUAAUAAUAAUAAUAAUAAUAAUAAUAAUAAUAAUAUAGACAGGUAUGCAUAUUUGCAAAGGUAUGCAUUAUAAUGGGACGCGGGUGGCGCUGUGGGUUAAACCACACAGCCUACGACUUGCUGAUCAGAAGGUCGGUGGUUCGAAUCCCUGCGACGGGGUGAGCUCCCGUUGCUUGGUCCCUGCUCCUGCCAACCUAGCAGUUCGAAAGCACGUCAAAGUGCAAGUAGAUAAAUAGGUACCGCUCCGGCAGGAAGGUAAACAGCGUUUCUGUGUGCUGCUUUGGUUCGCCAGAAGCGGCUUGGUCAUGCUAGCCACAUGACCCGGAAACUGUAUGCUGGCUCCCUCGGCCAAUAAAGCCAGAUGAGCGCCGCAACCCCAGAGUCGGCCACGACUGGAACUAAUGGUCAGGGGUCCCUUUACCUUUUAUGCAUUAUAAUAUAAUAACUGGUAGGCAGUUCUCCACUUGUUGAAUGUUACAUGUGAAUAACCGUGCAAGCAUGCAGCUCAAGUGUUGUGUGCGCAGAUUGUACACAACAUAUGCAACAUAUAAGUGCCUCUUACUUUUGUCUGUUGAGGGCAUCUUAUUAAAACGUUAUUAUUUAUUUCCUUUGCGGUUGCUUCCCAUGAAUGGUCCCAAAGUGAUUUACAGCAGGAGAAAACUAUAGAGAGAAAUGGCACAGAUAUGCACAAAUAAAAACAAUUCAACACACAUUUUUAAAAUGAGAAUACACAUAUUGAAAGCAAUUUGAAUGGGACAAAAUGUUGGCCAUGAAAGUUGCUAGAGUUGUCCUCCUUUGGGGAUCAGCCCCUCCCUCCCUCUGUGGUGGGUGGGGAGGGGGCAGGGGGCAUCUCCUCUCUCCUGCAAACAGGGUAUCUGCUGAGAUCAAUAUUGUAUUUAGGACAAGUAUACCUUCCCAUGCAUCUUUAACUUUUCAACCAGGCCUUGGGCUGACUGACAUCCUACAUCCUUUCAAAUGUGCUUGUGGGAGAAGGGAUUAGUGGCUUGUUUUUGUAUUUAUUUAUGUUGUGAAGGGAUGCGGGUGGCGCUGUGGGUUAAACCACAGAGCCUAGGACUUGCCGAUCAGAAGGUUGGCGGUUCGAAUCCCCAUGACGGGUUGAGCUCCCAUUGCUCUGUCCCUGCUUCUGCCAGCCUAGCAGUUCCAAAGCACAUCAAAGUGCAAGUAGAUAAAUAGGUACCGCUCCGGCGGGAAGGCAAACGGCGUUUCCGUGUGCUGCUCUGGUUUGCCAGAAGCGGCUCAGUCAUGCUGGCCACAUGACCUGGAAGCUGUACGCUGGCUCCCUCGGCCAAUAAAGCAAGAUGAGCACCGCAACCCCAGAGUCAGUCACGACUGGACCUAAUGGUCAGGGGUUCCUUUACCUUUAUGUUGUGAACUGCCCUGAGAUCUACGGAUAAAGGGUUUACAAAUUCCCCUGUGCUCAGUAGGGAUAUCCAAAUCUCUCAAUUUUAGUUUUUAUUGUCAGUUUUUCAGUUUUCUCUUCUUAAGUUCAUUUUUUUUGUGUGUAUAAUUUUUAUUAAAUGUUCUGUUUUACAAUUUAAAAUACUCAUUUAAACAACCUUAAAAUGUCAGUGGCUUCCCUUCUUUUCUUUCCAUGGUUCAUUUUGCCUAUCAUGAAUCCCUGCAUAUUUCACAUAAACUAUACCGUUCAGUAUUCCAUUAUUACAUCCAUCAAAACUUGUUUACGCUGUUGAAUUUAUCUUAAUGCUGCCAACAUUUUCAAGUGUACACAAUUUCUCCCCAUAUAUUCAAUAAACAUUUUCCAAUCUUCUUUAAACGUAUGUUCUUCUUGUUCUCUUAUUCUGUAUGUGAGGUCUGCAAACUGCGCAUAUUCCAUCAGUUUAAGUUGCCAAUUUUCUUUAGUUGGGACCUUUUCCAUUCUGGGGCUAACAGAAUACUGGUUGCAGUAGUGGCAUACAUAAAUAACCUUUUUUGACACGAACUGAAUUUCUCCCUCACUGUGAUUCGACUGCAGGAUUCAGGACAUGGAUUGGGAUGCUCUUUAUGGACCACCACCACACAAAUCCCACCCUCGUCUGUUUUUGCCACCUUCUCGUGGUCCGAACGAGAGAGAGACAACAGCAGAGAACCACCGGAUAUCAUCAUUUUACCAACGCAACAGUAACAGGUAGACUCUAGUUGGGCUGCUACAGAUUUAUACAUGUUACAGUAAAUAUUAGGAAUAUAGUUGCCAUUUAUCAAUACUUGUUAUUGUUUUAGGAUGCCAGUAAGAAGUGUAAGCGGACGCAGGUGGCGCUGUAGGUUAAAUCACAGAGCCUAGGGCUUGCUGAUCAGAAGGUCGGCGGUUCGAAUCCCCACGACGGGGUGAGCUCCCGUUGCUCGGUCCCUGCUCCUGCCCACCUAGCAGUUCGAAAGCACGUCAAAGUGCAAGUAGAUAAAUAGGUACAGCUCCGGCAGGAAGGUAAACGGCAUUUCCGUGCACUGCUCUGGUUCGCCAGAAGCGGCUUAGUCAUGCUGGCCACAUGACCCGGAAGCUGUACGCCAGCUCCCUCGGCCAAUAAAGCGAGAUGAGCGCCGCAACCCCAGAGUCGGUCAUGACUGGACCUAAUGGUCAGGCGUCCCUUUACCUUUACCUAAGAAGUGUAAGCAAAUUCUGACAUUUACUAGCAAAAUCUCAAAACUCCGCAAGUGCCUUAGGAUCAAAUUUCACCGUUUUUCCUGCUCUCUGCAGGCAGAUAUGGGCACUGCAGUGAUAUGGACCAUCUAUGAAAUGUUCAGGUUAGGAAAUAUUGCAUUCUCACAAGUGUGUAGACCAGAGGUAGGCAAACUAAGGCCCGGGGGCCAGAUACGGCCCAAUCGCCUUCUCAAUCCGGCCCACGGACAGUCCGGGAAUCAGCAUGUUUUUACAUGAGUAGAAUGUGUCUUUUUAUUUAAAAUUGCAUCUCUGGGUUAUUUGUGGGGCAUAGGAAUUCGUUCAUUCUCCCCUGCCCCCCCCCCAAAUAUAGUUUGGCCCACCACAUGGCCUGAGGGACGGUGGAUCGGCCCAGGGCUGAAAAAGAUUGCUGACCCCUGAUGUAACAGCAGUGUGCAUGUUUGUGUGUGUGUGUGGAUGCCUGGCUCGUCCCACAGGUGAAGCCAGUAUACUGGGUGUUUUUUGAAGUGGCAACCACGUUAAUGAAGCUUGUUCCACCUGCUGUCCGUGCCUUGAAGGAGAAAGGAUAUUAGGAAGCAUAUUAAGCACUGAUGCCUUGUUUUCUUUUAGAUUUCAGGGUUUCCAACAAAGCCAGGACAAGGUGGCUGCUGUCAUACACACUUCUAAAUAACCCCAGCCUUUCAGCACUCAGGAAGCCAAAAUGAGGGUCCUCUCCUACAAAUGCGUUGCUAAUUCCCCCCACUACAGAUGCAACGGGACUGAAAUGAACCUCACUGGGACUGCACUGCCAUAUUCCUCAUAUACAACUUCCUAAUACUGUAUCGGACCAUUGGUCCAUCAAGUUGAGUCUAUGUACUAAGACUGGCUGCCGGUCUACUUCCAGUUCUGCAACCUGAGACCCUCUUAACUGAAGAGACUCCAGCGAUCAAAUCUGGGACCUUCUGCUUGCUAAGGAAAAACUGCUAUUGAGCUCUAACCAUUCAUCCCCUGAACUUGAGCUUGCUAUUUGAGAUGGUCUGGAGAACUGCUAGCCCAGAUGUUUUUAUGCCUGUAUGAUGUGGAAGAUAUCUGAAUAGUACCUCAUUUGCUCGCUUUCAUCAUGCUUCCGGCAUUUUUCUGCUCUUUCAUUGGUAGGUCUCCAGUGAAACCCAUCUCUGGGUGAUUUUUGGCAUAGAUGAAUCUAACUGCUGGAAUUGUAGACAAAAGGCCUCUGAAUAUGUCCAUCCUUCCCCAGUGGAAAAUGUACUACAGCUGCAUCUUCAAAAUUCACAUGAUAGCACUGUGGUCACACUGGUGAUGUCACAGCACACACCAAUGAGGUCAUAGUUACUGUAUCCAGACAUCAGAAAGGCCACAGCUCAGUAAACCUGAUGCCCAUAUAUGUUUGGAAAUCAACCGGUUUCAAUUUUUCCUGCUGGUAAAACUUUGUAAUUCAAAAUGAGGAUACAGAAAUAUCGACAAUUUGAACAUUGCAAAAACUAAAAUACUUUCGCGCAAAUAAAUACUGCUUGUUUAAAUGUGACAAAAA